GAUGCUGUGGCCAGGGCUUAUCUGGGUCAGAGCAACCUGCAGAACCGGUAUCUUCAUACAAACUCCAAGUCCAUCUGUAACACAAGGAACAAGACAGGCACCUUAGGGCUUUUGAAAGAAACUCUACUAGGCAAAUGAAGCAGCUCUGAGGAAGAAGCGGCCGUGAGCAUGAGCAAUGCGAAUCGACAGGAGUGAGUGUUGCGUACCUUCGUGCACCCGCUAUAUCUGUAAUAAAACAAUCACAGCCCCAGACAUGGGCUCUCCCACACUUGGACGUGCAAAGCUUUUGAACUGGUUGCUGUUACUGUUGAGUCUGGUACGCUGUUCUGCUGCUGCUUAUUUGGAUGAGUCUGACCUUAGCAAGAGUUUCUUGCCUCACUAUGAACCUGACCACGGGGAUGCCGUUGGCUCCUCACAAGAUAUGAGACUGCAUGUUUUCACACUGGACUAUGACUAUGUACAAAUUCCCUAUGAAGUUACUCUUUGGAUACUUCUUGCUUCUCUUGCAAAAAUAGGUUUCCAUCUCUAUCAUCGAUUACCAAGACUCAUGCCUGAAAGCUGCAUCCUGAUUGCCAUUGGAGCACUAGUAGGAACAAUCAUCUUUGCUUCUGAUCACAAAUCUCCACCGGUGAUGAACACAAGUAUUUACUUCUUGUAUCUCCUUCCACCCAUUGUCCUGGAGGAGGGUUAUUUCAUGCCAACUCGCCCAUUUUUUGAAAACAUUGGGUCCAUCCUCUGGUGGUCUGUGCUAGGAUCUCUGCUAAACUCAUUUGGGAUUGGCCUCUCCCUCUAUGGAAUCUGCCAGAUUGAAGCCUUCGGCUUGACCGACAUCAGCCUGCUGCAGAACCUGCUCUUUGGCAGCAUGAUUUCAGCUGUAGAUCCUGUGGCAGCUCUGGUAGUUUUUGAAGAAGCCUCUGUUAAUGAGCAGCUUUACAUGAUGAUCUUUGGAGAGUCAUUGCUAAAUGAUGGCAUAACUGUGGUGUUAUACAAUAUCUUCAUCGCCUUCACCCAGAUGCACAGGUAUGAAGAGAUUGAAUCCAUCGAUGUCUUUGCUGGCUUCGCCCGCUUCUUCGUGGUCGGGCUGGGUGGUGUGCUGUUUGGCAUUGUCUUUGGAUUUGUUUCGGCAUUCAUGACUCGUUUCACUCACAACGUUUCUGCUAUAGAACCCCUGCUGGUCUUCAUGUUCAGCUACCUGUCGUACUUGUCCGCUGAAACCCUUUACAUCUCAGGCAUUUUGGCGAUGACAGCAUGUGCCGUGACAAUGAAAAAAUAUGUGGAGGAGAAUGUUUCCCAGAAUUCCUAUACCACGAUAAAAUAUUUCAUGAAGAUGCUGAGCAGUGUCAGCGAGACCUUGAUUUUUGUGUUCAUGGGAGUGUCUACAGUUGGGAAAAACCACGAGUGGAACUGGGCCUUCAUUUCCUUCACUCUGUUCUUCUGCCUCAUUUGGCGGACACUGAGUGUAUUUGCUCUUUUCUACAUCAGUAACAAGUUCCGAACAUAUCCCUUCACCUUCAAAGACCAACUCAUCAUUUCCUACAGUGGCCUUCGAGGGGCCAGCAGCUUCUCUCUUGCGUUCUUGCUUCCAGUGAAUCUUUUCCCAAGAAAAAAGUUGUUCAUUACUGCUACUCUUGUAGUUAUAUAUUUCACUGUGUUCAUCCAAGGAAUCACAAUUGGGCCAUUGGUCAGAUAUCUUGAUGUUAAAAAGACCAACAAAAAGGAGUCCAUCAAUGAAGAAAUUCAUGUCCGAUUGAUGGAUCACUUGAAGGCUGGGUUUGAAGACAUAUGUGGACACUGGAGUCAUUAUCAGCUGAGAGAUAAAUUUAAAAAGUUUGACAAUAAGUAUUUGAAGAAAAUCUUGAUUCGGGAACACCAACCCAAAUCCAGCAUUGUGUCAUUGUACAAAAAGAUGGAAAUAAAACUAGCCAUCGAGAUGGCUGAGAGUGCCAUGAAAAUUUCAAAAACAUCCACGGCUUCUAUACAGAGUGAUAGAAAUCAGCGUGUGCACAGGCUCUCCCCCACAGAGGUGAAGUCCAUGAGAGAUGUCCUGGCACAUAAUCUAUACCAAGUGCGACAAAGGGCACCAACAUACAACCGACACAACCUGCCUGCCAACACAAAUGAGAAACAAGCCCAAGAAAUCCUCAUCCGUCGGCAGCACAGUCUGAAGCAGAGUUGCAGGAAGGGGAACAGCUUACCUUGGGGUGGACAGGCUAGAACCACGGAUGUGCGCUACCUCUCUUUGCCUCAGGGUCCCAGGCAGCCCACAAGACAAAAAACCAGGCAUGUUACUUUUACAGAUCACUGCAGAAGUGGCUCUGAUGCUGACUGCCCAGUAAUGUUCAGACCCCAGCCCCGACUACGGCCACUCGAAGCAAAGCACUAUCGUGAAGAGCUGAUUCCAAUGGCACACUUGAAUAGACGACCAGGCUCAUCCAAUCUCUCAAGUCGAAGAGGAAAUUCAAUCAGGCAGCAUCAUUUCAACAGAGCAGAAAAUCUAGCUCUAAUGCCAAAGUCUCGAUUCACUGUGGGAGAAGUAGAGGGGUAUGAGUCAGAAGAAGAGACAGAAACGAUGGCACCAGCCAGGCCAUUAGACAUAUGAGGAGCAGAGAAGAAUGGUGUUUGCAUCUCUAGGGCCCUUUGUGCACUGCUCCAGAGAAAAUAACAAAGCUCUUAUAUGAACCAAACCACAAUUUUCCUUUUGGGACCAGUGUACUCAUUCUUGUAUCACUUUCAAGCACUGUAUCAAGGUACUUAGUGGUGUGGAGAAGAUUCAAAUACUUAUAUGUUUGUAUCAAGCUUUCUUUCCAGCAGAACACUGCAGGAAAGAGGGGAAAAUGAUCUUUGUAGUGGUUUGAACAUGGAUUUAAACUACAGUAGAUGGGCAGAUGCAAUGCUAUGGGGGGAAUGCUAUGGUAUUGCCUUCCUCUGUUCUGUACUAUGGCCUAAAUCUAGAAGAAAGAAACACUGAAAGACAUGCUUGGCACAUGAGUGUCGAGGUUGGUAGCUUCAACUUGCCUAGAGUUUUGGACCUCAUAGUAGUUCAGAUAUUCCAGGGAAAAGUUAAAAAAAAGAAAGGAAGGUUUUAGGACACCUAGAUGCCUCAAGGAGUACUUAAGUCAAAAGGAUUUUUAGUGGACAUUUUUAGCACUUGGCACUUGGAAUCUCUUGACAUCUCCAGUUUUGGCUCUGCAAAAGUGCCUAAAGUCAGUUUCUGUGAUAGUCCAUAACUCAUGCUACUUCAACCAAUUUCAACAUGUAGGCACCUAUCACCAAAUCUACAGUUUUAGAUGAAUGAAGGAAGCAUCCCGGUAUGUACAAAUCCAGAGAGUGCUCCUCAGGCAAGGGUGCUGUCAGGAUGCCUUUUAUUUGCAAAUGUGGGACAGUAAGGAUGCCCAGGACCUUCCAGCCCUCCUACAUUUCUUCAUGGAAAGGGUUGUAAAGCAGUGGAACAGGCUGCCCAGGGAAGUGGUGGAGUCACCAUCCCUGGAGGUGUUUAAAAGACAUAUAGAUGAGGCUCUCAGGGACAUGGUUUAGUGCUAGAUUUAGGUUAUGGUUGGGCUCAGUAAUCUUAAGGGUCUCUUCCAGCCAAAAUGGUUCCAUGAUUCUACUGAGCUUCCUUCCAGCUGGCUCUGUGUGCCCAUGAUCCAGACCCAUGAUGGGUCUCCUGAGUGGUAGGGGGUGCAAGAAGCUGUGGUCUUGAGUAAUUUUGAAUAAAGUCUCAAAUCCCAGACACCUAAUUCCUCUGAUGGAGCUCUUUUCUGCAAAAUGGAAACAUCUGUUUCAUCUGUGUCUUGAAACCGUACUUGAGCUGAUUUUAUCCAAAGGGAUGAUUUGAGUCCGGAAGUCCAUAUACCCACCCUUGCAGCUGCACUGAACUCAAAUCUGCAGCUGGUAAAUGCACCAAGUCUGGUCAUGUUUUUUUCAAGGUACCUUUCUCUCCUCCACUCAGAGCUUGCUUAGCUGCCCAACUCAAGGUCUGCAAAUGCUACCCUAAGAAUCGGAGAGGUCAGAAUUAGAGAUAGUGGUACCACCUGCAAGUUUCUAUUUUUUAUAUUACUGUUAAGUGCUUCUAUGUACUGGUCCAGAAAAAACUUUCAAGUGGAACUUAUGACUUCAUAUUUCUUACAAUGGAUUUCUGAUUCAGGACAGAUAGCAUCUGAACUAUCAAAUUUGAAAAGUGCCACCAAAAGAAAAAAAUAAAAGGCCUUUUUUUUGUGUUUGUAGUUUUUAUAUUAGCAGGUCAUAAUGAAUUGUAACAAAGUUGUACAAAGCUUGGUGAAACUCAAGGUCUGUUUGCAUUUCCAUAUUGUGUCAGAGAAAUUUUACAACUUCCUUUUGUGAAAGCAGUGGCACAUUAUUAAAAGAGGGUAGGUUCUGGCUUUUGUACUGACACAGAAUAAGCAAUGAAAUAUGGUUCUGUAUCUGAAAAUCAACAAAUAAACCCACCUCCACCAAAA